AUGACUAGCUCAGAGAUCCCAGUUUUAAAGAUUUUACUGCUUCCUUUGGAGGUCUUAGACUUGGUGUUUACGUAUAUUCCAACUGUCAAUUUAUUGUCAUACGAUAUUCCAAUACUAAGCACGGUUUUGGAAAAUGCCUUGAAAGAGCGAGGCAUUACCUGUUGGAUUGAUAUACAACCCUUAGGUUUACUCAGAUCAGACAUGUACGAUACGGUUGACCUUUGGAGGAGGGAGCCAAUUGGAGACGAAACAAUGUUGAAAUCGGAAUUCGAUUUUGACAUUAAUUGUGGAAGUCACAUGUAUUUCGGUCAACCAGACGGUAUAGAGCGGUUUGCAAAUUUCAUGACAAAGCAUCCAAAUGUAAAGCCCGAAUUAGUUAUUGUCGGGGUUCGAAUGAUGGAGCAGUUGCACGCUGAAUGUCCUUCAUGCCUUCGCAAUGUCCGAGACGUAUCGCUCUGGGAAGGUAAUCACGACGACGAGGCAACCUUUUUAGAGAUAGUUUCUCGUUUUCCUUAUCCCAUAGAUAGUCUUGUUCCAUUUGAUAGGCUUGGUGAUUUUAGUCUACCGGCAUCAGUUCGACUGCUACAUAUAAAUCAUUUUCCAGAAUUCGACAGUCCUUUAGUAUCCGAUUUGAGAGAAAGUGACCUAAUGUCACUUGAGAUUGACUCGCUAGUUGAUGCUGAUGAUCUUAGGUAUCUACCAAAGGGAUUGAAGAAGCUAGAGAUUCUUUUGGAGUUGGAUUCGCCAAGUUGCACUCCAGACUUACCUCUGACACUAGAAUGUCUCAAAAUUCGGUGUAGGAAUUCUGCUGAACUCACAGAACUUAAUCUUUCAAAUCUUAAAAAAUUGAAGCAAUUGCUGCUAACAAAAUUCGACGUACUAAAACUAGCGUCAUUGAGCGCUUCUAAGGAGAUAGAAAAAUUGGAUAUCUCUAGUGAUAGAUUAGUAUCUUUGGAAAGUAUAGAGAGAUAUACCAUGCUCAAAGAUCUUCUGCUAUUAUUUUUCGGUAUAGGAGAUCAAUCAAUCUUGGAUUCGUCCUUGCCCGUUUCUUUGCAAGUGCUCUCCGUUAAUUGGUGGUACACUGACCAGGAACUAGUUUCUAAUCUGAACCCGGAGAAAUCGACAGUUAAUCUACCCUCAAACCUCAAAAGACUUAAUAUUUCAGCAGAUUCGCCCUUGGUUUGUGAAAAGGAAUGGGGAUUCCCAGCUUCAUUAAGAAUACUUUCAUUAGAUGUCCCGAUUUUACCAAAGGGGUUUCAAAUUCCACCUAACUUGAUAACGCUAAGUAUUCAGGGUUGUGAUCUAGGUUGUUUGCCUCUUCCCUUACCUAAACUGUUGAUUCGACUACGUACGUCAGUGCCUCCACCAAACAAAUCAUACCUAAAACACUCGAAGAAUCUAACCUAUCUUCGAUUUGACUUUACGGGAACGGGGAAAGGGAAGAAGAACGAUAUAUAUGCCUUUGCCUGGGAGUUGCCUUCUAGUUUAAGAAAAUUAAAAGUUCAUCAGAGUUGGAUUACGGAUUUAAAAUUAAAUUCGCCAAAGCUAAAAGCUGUUGAGUUGAAUUUAGGAACCACUAGUGAUUUGAAAGAAUUCAAACUACCUAAUACGGUGGAAGGCUUGAGAUUACUUGGACCAUCACCCCAUGGUCAUUCUAAAUUGCCCGUUUCGGAACAAGUCAUACUUCCUACACAUUUGAAGAGUCUUCAUAUUAAGUUCCAUUCUUUGUAUCCUAAUUCACUUCCAGAUUUACGUUUGAAUACUUUUAAAGAUUUAUGGUAUCUUAAUCUACAUGGCUGCAAAAUCAGUAAAUUAGAAAAUGGAACAUUCCCCAACUCCAUAGAGGUCUUGAACCUUCUGAAUAAUCCUUUGGAAGAAAUAUAUCCCUACGUAUUCAAGAACCUUCCCAAUCUACGCUUCCUUUUCCUAAGAACUUGCUGGCUAGGUCGAUUAGCUUUAGAACAUCCUUUGGAGUUCUCAAGUUCUUUGAAGUACCUAAAUCUUGUGGAUAACGAACUUGAAGAUAUUGACAGAUUCAACAUCCCCCCAGAUAAUCUGCUCAUGAAGAUAGAACUCACCUUCAAUAAUUUUCCCGACAAAGAAGCCAUUUUACAAGCAUUAAGAACACAAGUGGGCCACGAAGUCUCCAUCGUAAUCAACGAAGUGGAUUAUGUGAAUACCGAAAGAAGUGGAAAUCAGUGA